CAAGCAAAACCGACUGGAGAGACUAGCGUCGCGCGCGCGUGCUUGAGAGAGAGGGCCCAGACGACAACGUUGUGGACAACUCGUGUUUUUGCAGAAACAAGAAGAUCGUGACUUGGGGAAGACGAAGCCCGCUGCAGAGUUUAUUUGGAAACCAUUACGACUAGGCCCAGAGUCUAGACCCAGACCACUAUGGCAGACGACUUCGAUAUUGAGGCGAUGCUGGAGGCUCCUUACAAGAAGACUUGCCUAACGAUAUCUCACCUCUACUCCCAUGAAUUCCAGUGUGAACUGUCAAAAACAUGAAGGAUGACCUCAAAUCUGUUAGCUCCAAUGGCCACGAAGAACGCAGCAAAAAGAAGAAAAAGAGCAGGAGCCGCAGCAAGAGCCGGGACCGGGAGCGCAAGAAGAGCCGGAGCCGGGAUCGGGAGAGGAAGAAGAGCCAUGACCGUCGACGCAGCAAGAGCCGCGAUAGACGCCGCAGUCGCAGCAAGGAGCGUCGGCGCAGCCGCUCCCGCAGCAAGGAGCGCGGAGGCCGCUACCGGGCCCAGUUUUCUGGGCCGAAAUUAAACGGUGGUUCCAGGGGGAAGACUGGUCCACCACCUGGCAUCAAACUAAGCCGCAGGAGAUCCCGAAGCAAAAGCCCUGUGCGGAAAGACAGAAGCCCUGUCAGACAGCCGAUCGAUAACCUGAGUCCAGAGGAGAGAGAUGCCCGCACAGUGUUCUGCAUGCAGCUGGCUGCCCGCAUCCGCCCCAGAGACCUGGAGGAGUUCUUCUCGGCAGUGGGGAAGGUUCGUGACGUGAGGAUGAUCUCAGACAGAAACUCCAGGAGGUCAAAGGGCAUCGCCUAUGUGGAGUUUGUAGACUCGACCUCUGUGCCUCUGGCCAUUGGUCUAUCAGGACAGAGGCUACUCGGCGUACCCAUCAUCGUUCAGGCAUCACAGGCGGAGAAAAACAGAGCGGCAGCCAUGGCCAACAACCUCCAGAAGGGCACGGCAGGCCCCAUGCGUCUCUAUGUGGGCUCCCUCCAUUUCAAUAUCACAGAGGACAUGCUGCGGGGCAUUUUCGAGCCCUUUGGGAGGAUUGAGAGUAUUCAGCUUAUGAUGGACAGUGAGACGGGCAGAUCUAAAGGAUAUGGCUUCAUCACGUUUGCGGAUGCUGAGUGUGCCAAGAAGGCCUUGGAGCAGCUGAAUGGCUUUGAGCUGGCAGGGCGGCCCAUGAAAGUAGGUCAUGUGACGGAGCGCACCGACGCCUCCUCCGCCAGCUCCUUCCUGGACAACGACGAGCUGGAGCGCACAGGCAUCGACCUGGGCACCACCGGGCGCCUGCAGCUUAUGGCCCGCCUGGCAGAAGGAACCGGUCUCCAGAUCCCCCCUGCUGCACAACAAGCCCUGCAGAUGAGCGGCUCAAUACCCAUGGGUGCCAUGGCGGCAGCUGCUGCUGCCAUGAAUCCGGCCAUGAAUCCUGCUAUGAACCCUGCCAUGAAUCCUGCCCUGAAUCCAGCGCUCAACCUGAACCUCAACCUUCCCAGCAUGAGUAACCAGCAGGCCCUCAACCUCCCCUCGCAGCCCAUCGCCACGCACUGCUUCCAGCUCUCCAACAUGUUCAACCCCCAGUCGGAGAACGCCGCCGGUUGGGACAACGAGAUUCAGGACGACGUCAUUGAGGAGUGCAACAAACACGGCGGAGUCGUCCACAUAUAUGUAGAUAAAAAUUCAGCACAAGGUAACGUGUAUGUAAAAUGCCCAACCAUCCCCGGCGCAAUGGCUGCAGUGAAUGCGUUACAUGGACGAUAUUUUGCAGGAAAAAUGAUCACAGCAGCAUAUGUUCCUCUGCCCGCAUACCACAACCUCUUCCCAGACGCAGUCACGGCCACACAGUUACUCAUGCCGACUCGCCGAUGAUCUGCUCUACUCUUCUCUUCUCUGCUCGCUCUUUGGAUUUUAAAACUUGUACACACACACACACAUCUCACAAUGUUGGGACACUGUUUUUGCUCCCUUCUUUCCUGUCUCUGUGAUCAUUGUGUCUGUAUGGCGAAGUCAUGAAGCAUCAGUAAUGGCGUUUAUGUAUUGACAUUCAUUUUUAUUUUUGAUUGCAUUUGUUUUCUCUUCUGUUGCAAAGAGCCCUUGUCCACAUAUUACAGGUAUGUGGAACUUUUUGUACAUUUUCAGGCUCAUAGUGUAUAACAAUGUACAGACAUGUCCAAUAUUCACUGAACGAAAUAAAAAUGCAGCUUCAUUUGUUUUUUUGUUUUUUUUUACCCACACUGUGUACAUGGGAGCAAUGAUUUCUGGUUGGAUAGUAGACCCAUGAAACUUUUCUUUUUCUUUUUUUUUUUUACAUUCAGCACACCUUCGUUUUGUUUUUUUUCCCUUUUUUUGAAUGAACUGCAGUUGUAGAUGAGCAUCAGCACAUUCAGUUUUUUAGGCUCUAUGAGCUAUGGGGAAAGUCCGCAAACCCAGUAUUUCCUUUUAUGUUGACUUGGAAACCAUUUGAUAUAGAAGUAUCUGUUUUCUAAUCAAGAUUUGAUUUUGUAAAGCCCUUGACGGAAAUUGAUUUCAAAAUAAAGUCAUAGUGCUGUGAUGUUGA